UUUUGAUCAUACCCCUCCCCACUCCCAUUAUAAGCUUUUGUUUUUAACAAAAAAUCAUAACCUACAAAAGAAAAAUUUAUUACCUAAAAUCCCUAGAGUUUAUACUUCUCUCUCUUACCCAAAUCUGACUGUGUUCUCCUUGGAUUUUCAAUUUCAAUUAAGUGUUUUCAAGCUUCCUUGUUGGAUGAUUGUGGGUUGGUAGCAAAGAAAUGAGUGGAGUAAAAAGGGCUACCUCAGCUAAAGUAAGAUUGAGGAGCUUAUUGAAUCAAACUGAUAACCGCACUUGUGCUGAUUGUGGUGCUUCAGAUCCAAAGUGGGCAUCAGCAAAUAUUGGAGUCUUUUUAUGCUUGAAAUGUUGCGGUGUGCACAGAAGCCUUGGUACACACAUCUCCAAGGUUCUAUCUGUGGCAUUGGAUGAAUGGUCUGAUGAAGAAAUUGAGGCCAUGAUUGAAGUUGGAGGAAAUUCUGCUGCUAAUUCAAUCUACGAGGCUCAUAUAACUGAAGGUUAUACAAAGCCUGGUCCAAAUGCUAGUAAUGAUGAACGGAGGAGAUUCAUUAGGGCCAAGUAUGAACAACAAGAAUUUGUGAAAGCUAGCUUGCGGAUCACAUCAGGGAGGGAUUCUUCUUCUUCUUCUAAUCAAUUGAACCUUUCUGGAAAGAUUCUCGAUACUAUCCUGUCAAAUUCAUCACAGAAUUCGGGAGGGGUUGAACUUAUUGGGAUACUAAAGGUCACAGUCGAAAAAGGCACAAAUUUAGCCAUCCGGGAUAUGAUGACAAGUGAUCCUUAUGUUCUCCUAACUCUUGGGCAGCAGACUGUUCGGACGACUGUAAAAUCAAGCAACCUGAAUCCUGUUUGGAAUGAGGAACUCAUGCUAUCCGUUCCUACCAACUACAGGCCUGUGAAGUUGCAAGUAUAUGACCACGACACGUUCUCAGCUGAUGAUAUAAUGGGAGAAGCAGAGAUCGAUAUCCAGCCCUUGAUAACGUCUGCAAUGUCGUAUGGUGACCCGCAAAUGUUCGGGGAUAUGCAGAUCGGAAAAUGGCUGAAGUCAAAUGAUAAUGCCCUUAUUGAGGAUAGCAUCAUCAACAUUGUCGAUGGGAGGGUGAAACAAGAAGUAUCACUCCGGCUCCAAAAAGUUGAAUCUGGAGAAAUUGAUGUAGAACUAGAGUGGCUGCCUCUCGAUCAGUAAGCAUGUGUAGUGUAAUUGUAUUGGCUUCAAUUUGCUCUGUUGGUGUUAAUUUUGAAUAUAGGCAAUAAUUUUUUCUGAAGUGCACAUUUUAUUUGGAGUCGAGGACUGGAUCUCAUUAAAU